UGACUAAAUUUGAUUAGAACAGGAAAUAAACACACUGGAGUUUAGGUGUCCCAGAUUACCCGAAUUCACCCUAAAUUGAUUGCGGUGGUCAGAAGAGAAAGAUGACAAAUUUGCCCUCAGUGCCACUCAGCAGUGUUAACUAGUUUUAUAACAAAACGUAGGCUAUAGUGUUAAAAAUGUAAGUUAUUCAUAUUAUUCAAUUUUUAUUUUUAUUUUUUUUUGUAUCCAAUAAAAUACCGGCUAGUAAGAGUCAUUGGACCUGAAACUGGAUCGUGGUCUUGUCCUAAGUCCCGACGUUUUUGGUUGCAUUUGUGAAUAAUGACUCCUUGAACUUUUAUUUUGACGGGACGGUUAGUGCAUCACCUUUCACUGGACUGUGGAGGCGCUGUGGUGCGUCACAACAACGGAAGCAACUGCUUGUUCUACUUUCUCAUAGCGCGGAUCCACGGUGGAAGUAUGUAAGAUGUGUAGCUUGACAUAAGUUGUGUAAGUAUGUCAAAGUUGUCAAUGAAAGAGCAAAGUGGCUGUCGAAAACUGUUAAGAUUAUUACCCCUGGACGACUUGUUCGCCCUUAAAGAUACAGUAACGAAUCGACUGAUCGCUGUAGAGAGCACGCAAGAGGCCAUCGAGGCCAUCAUAACUUACUCACAGGAUGCUGAGGAGCUCCUCAAAAGAAAGAAGGUGCACCGGGAUGUCAUUUUUAAGUAUCUUGCCAAUGAAGGAGUUGCCAUGCUCCCUAAUAGUGAUAAACAACAGCUGAUCAGGAGAACCAUUGAGUACUGGUCAUCUGGUGAGAUCUCAAAGCGUGAGAAGAACACCGUGGUUUCAGAAGAUGUUGGAGAUGGUCUGUCAGACCUUCCAGCUUUGGGAAAACAGUUUUGCCAGUGGUUCUUCACUCUUCUGAACUCUCAAAACCCCACUCAAGGACAACCGGCUCAAGAUUGGGGUCCUCAGCAUUUCUGGCAGGAUGUGAGACUUCGGCUUCUCUCAUGUACUGGAGAGCGGCGUGUAGAUGAGUUCAACGGGGCAGAGCUGGUCAGCCAGCGGCUUCAUGCUUUUGCAGGACAAGAGCAUCUGUUGUUCUGCCCGAACAUGGAGGGUCAAGGGUUAAAGUGUAUAUCUUCAGCUCAUGGACUGGUGUUAGUGGCCAUAGCUGGGACCAUCCACCGUGACAAUGCCUGCCUUGGGAUUUUUGAGAAAGUGUUUGGCCUCAUUCGCUCACCAAUUGACAAUAAUCGCUGGAAAGUAAAGUUUGUGAAUGUGAAAGUGGAAGCACAAAGUGCCAUCACAGACAAACAGUUACCAGUUAUUACAUACGACUCAAAAGAGUUGCUGAGCCUUUGCGACUGAGAGUCAGAGAUCCACACAAGGUUUGUUUGGACAUGUUUUGACUCGGCAUUGAAGAGAUGCACUGUCUUAAAACGGAUGAUGUACUGUUCUGUGUAAACAACUUUAUUGUGGCAUAGAUAUUCAUCUGUAAUAGGAUCUUAGUUUGUGGGGUUUUUUUGACUUUCAAAAGAACAGUUUCCAGUCAGUUUGAACCCUAGCAAAAUAUUUCUUUAAAAUGUAUUGUAUUGAUUUAUUAUCACUGUUAUUAUUAUUAUUAUUAUUAUUAUUGUUUUAAAUAGAAAAUCUAAAUUAAUGUUUAUUGAUAUGGAUUGAAUAACUUAAGUUGCAUUUAUAAAGUAGUUUUCUGAAAAUUGGCUUAAAAGGUUUUUAAUUCGUCCUUCAGGUUACUUCAAAACAAACAAAAAAAAAUUAAAGAUUUGUUUUAAGUAUUUAUACUAUUUUUUAUGAAUAUGUACAUAUAUGAUUUUUUUUUUCUUAACUUUUGUGAUUUUGGGUUGGCUAGAAUUCAAACCCUCUGGAAAAUUAAAGUCAUUUUUAGCUCCAUAGUAUUUUACCUUUUUUCUUUAAAAUACCUAAAAUCUGUUUAUUCCUUCUGGUUAUUUAUAAUUACUUUUAUCAAUACUUGGAUCAUUUCACAGUAAAAUAUCUGUUAACAUCUCUGUGCCUCAUAACAUUAUGUAUUUAUUUAUUUUUAUUCUUAUUCUUAUUUUAUUUUGUUCAAACACAGUGACAUGUUGAUAACACCUUACAAUAAGGUUCCAGUUGUUAACAAAAAGUAAAUACAUUAGUUAACAUGAACUAACGAUGAAAAAAUAAGUCUAAAAGCAUUUAUUAAUCUUAGGUAAUGGUAAUUUCAUUUAGCCUACUAAUACAUUAUUAAAAUAAAAUAAAAAAUGUUUUUGUUAAUAUUAUUUAAUGAACCUGAGUUAACAUGAACUGAUCAGUUGUAUUUUUAUUAACUAAUAUCAACAAACAUUAAUAAAGACUGUAACAAAUGUAAUUCUCCUUGUUAGUACAUUAGUGUUAACUAAUGGAACUACUGUAAAGUGUUACCGACAUUUAAGCUUUUUCAUUAAUUAUUUAUUUUUUUCAUUGCCGUGGUGAAGUUACCUCCAAAUUAUUUCCACAUAACACUUCUGUCCAGCAGCGGUGUUGCAUUCCCUCAUUCCCAUAAUUAUGGUUCAUGCUCAUUAGCUCUGUAGCUUUAUUGCGGAAGGAAUGUUUUACAGUAUUCACGCCUUACGGGAAUAAAGUACCUUUUGUGGUUCUUGAGAGGCCAGAAGCAAGUUCUUUGACUCAUCAGUCUCUAAUUGGGCAGUAGAUGAAGCAGCACUUCUCUCUGGAGGAAUAUACAGAGAGUGUGAGCCGGGCAGGGAGGGGUGUUUAGUACCACAGCAAUGUGUGGUUUCAGUGGGGAAUGUUAUAUGUGGGAAAUUAUUCUUGGCGUUUGCUUCAAAGGCUGACGCUUCGAUAAUAUCUUUUCUUGAGCAGUUUUUUUAAUGCCACAGAGUGCCAUAGUUGUGGCAAAAGACGCCACCACAACCAUUGAUCUUUUUCCUGUUCACCUCCCCGAAAGAAAAAUAACAAGCUCCUCGCCUUCUGUCUUUAUAGCCGUGGCCUCUUUCUUUUUAAUAAGUGGUUUGGCCGAGCUCGCAGUUAUGACGUCCAGGUUCAAAAAUACAGUUCACUGGCGUCUGUGGAUCAUUGCGCCUUCAGAUUGUCUUUAAUGGCGACGUGUGUUUCUCAUAAAGCCCAUGUUAACGUUUUGAUGGUAAAUCUCUCAGAUAUGUUUUGGAGGGGUGAACAAUGAACUUUUUUAAUUGGCUAGUCUAUUUUUUGGUUGUUACUUUUGAAUUAUUGCUUUAAAGGUUAGAAAAUAGCACAUAAGUCUUUAAUGUGUUCGCUUGUUUAUGGCCGAAUUCAAACUUGAAUGGCUGUGCUAUGAUUAAAAUACUUUUCAUCUACAUAUGAUUCUGUUUCAUUGUGGAACUAAAAGAAAUCUGAGUUUUGCUGCAUAGAAACCAAUUUAAACUUAAACUAUUAGCUUUUUUAUUUUUUUAAUUGCUGUGACAUUUCAUAUAAUCUAUAUUCUAUAGUAUAUCAGCUUGCUACACUUCUUUGACUUUGCUGGCUCAUAAUGCGUUAUUUGUCUAAUAAAAAUCAAUGAAAUGUCCACAUGGGGGCACAAUUGACCCAUUAUUUGUGUCAAAAUCAAAAGGCAAAGCAAUUAUUUUAGAAAAUCAAUUUGUUUUAUGCAACCCCAAUGUUUUAUAGAGCUGUUCAUGUACCAAAGUGUAAUAUUUAUUUAUUUUUAUUUUUACUUUAUUGCUGAUUGCUUGGCUUUAAA